CACUCACUCACUCAGUUUCAUCCAUCGAGGGUGACGCCAGUCCCUCUCACCCCGCCCCGUUCAACUCAGUCCACCGCGUUCAUUUCAUUCCUGCUCCCAUUCCGCGCAUAUUUCGCAUCCUUGGAGAGACGCUGCGCAUUUUACGCACUCAGCGCGCCCGAUUCCCUUCAUCAAACCAAAACCGAGAGCGAACCCAGGAGUUGGCGAAGGGCUUCCCGGUGCCGUGGCGACUCGGAUCCGUGGAAAAGUGUGGGAAUUAAUCCAUGAAGAGGCGUAUGAAUCGAGAGUUCCUGCUGUCUGACGUUGGAUCGUGGACCAUCUUGCUGAGUUGACACCAGUCCACUUCCAUCAUUCAUCCUCCACAGCUACCACCGUUCACACAGCAGCUAGCAUUAGCCCCCUAGUUGUCCGCAGCUGGCCGCCCCUGCUCGGAGUGAAUAAUUAACAUUAUUAAUUUAAGUCUACCAUUAGUUUAUUUUUUAUAGAUAUAUAUAUAUAUAUAUAUCGUGUCACCUCCUUGGGGUCAAACCAUUAGCAUUAGCGCUAGUUAGCUGCAGGUAUGGACCGCAGUAGCUGGAGCGGCAGCGAGAGUCCAGGGGAGGACAUGGACAGACUCAGCGAUUCGGGAGGGGACAAGACCAUGGAUGGGGACCCCGAGGGGGUAUGGAGCCCCGACAUAGAGCAGAGCUUCCAGGAGGCCCUAGCCAUAUAUCCACCCUGUGGAAGGAGGAAGAUUAUUCUGUCAGAUGAAGGAAAGAUGUACGGUCGUAAUGAGCUGAUAGCCAGAUACAUCAAGCUCCGAACAGGGAAGACGCGGACAAGGAAACAGGUAUCCAGUCACAUCCAGGUCUUGGCUAGAAGGAAAUCCAGGGAGUUUCAGUCCAAACUAAAGGACCAGAACGCCAAGGACAAAGCUCUGCAGAGCAUCUCCUCCAUGUCCUCGGCUCAGAUCGUCUCAGCCACCGCCAUACACAGCAAACUACUGCCUGGAAUAGUACGCGCCAGCUUCCCCGGCAACGCACAGUUGUGGCAGGGGAUGAUUCCUGGAGGACAGUCCAGCUCCACCACAGAAGACAUCAAGCCGUUCUCUCAGCAAGCCUACUCCGUGCAGACAGCGGGGACGACCACGAUCUCAGCCUACGAGCCUCCCGCCGCAGCCCAGACACACAGAGAGCCGGCGUGGCACGGCCGCUCCAUCGGCACCACCAAACUACGACUGGUGGAGUUUUCCUCUUUCCUGGAGACGCAGAGGGACCAGGAGGCAUACAACAAGCACCUGUUUGUGCACAUCAGCCAGAGCAACCCGAGCUACAGCGACCCGCUGCUGGAGUGCGUGGACAUCAGGCAAAUCUACGACAAGUUCCCGGAGAAGAAGGGCGGACUGAAGGAGCUGUUCAGCGUGGGCCCGCAAAACGCUUUCUACCUGAUCAAGUUCUGGGCGGAUCUGAAUUACAACGUGCAGGACGACCCGGCGGCCUUCUACGGCGUGAGCAGCCAGUACGAGAGCUCGGAGAACAUGACCAUCACCUGCUCCACCAAGGUCUGCUCCUUCGGCAAGCAGGUGGUCGAGAAGGUGGAGACGGAGUACGCGAGGUUUGAGAACGGACGCUUCGUCUACAGAAUCAGUCGCUCUCCGAUGUGUGAAUACAUGAUCAACUUCAUCCACAAGCUCAAACACCUGCCUGAGAAGUACAUGAUGAACAGUGUGCUGGAGAACUUCACUAUUCUGCUGGUGGUGAGCAAGAGAGACACUCUGGAGACGUUGCUGUGUAUGGCGUGCGUGUUCGAGGUUUCCAACAACGAACACGGGGCACAGCACCACAUCUACCGCCUCAUCAAGGAAUAGCACAGACACACUUAUCAGUCCAGCGGCAACAACCACACGUAUAUGGCCUUCGCUUAAGGGCGACGCCGGAGGUAAAAGAAAAAGAAAAGAAACAAAAAAAAAAAAGACGAACCAGUUAGUGAAGACAGGAGGUGGCUGCAUUUUCACUGCUACUCUUAGAAGAUAAA